AUGGGGUCAGACUUUGGGCAGAGCUUCCGCAAGGGGAUCGGCAUUAGGAAGAGGGACUUGGACGAUGAGAACGCCAUUGAUUCGCUGACCCCAUCCGACACUAUUGUAAUGUCGAACCCUGCGGGUCGUAUAUCACCUCCAAUCACUCCUGAUGUAGUUUCGGUGCCUCAGUCGCGACAGACUUCGACAGAAAUAGCCUCUGAGAUUGCGCCAGAGAUUGUUGUGUGGACCGAAGAUAUGGAUAUCGACAACGCUAGUCACGUUGAGUCUGAAGAUGAAUUGUCAAGCAUCAAAAGUUAUGCCGAGGAGGGGCCUUCUCAGAACGACGAUGACCCAACGCCAUUUGGGGCGUCUACUGUAGAGGACGCCGUAGGCUCUCUUCCCUCGAACCUCACAGAACUAUCAGAUCUCUCAUCGAUACCCUCGACGGUAUCGAGUAAGGCUACUACCCCUACACCAGUCGAUACUGAUGGUGGACAAGAGGAAGACCAAGACCAAGACCAAGACCUUUCAAUCGACGACCAGCCUCAGUCUCAUCAACAAUCACCUUCUCGUGAUGCCGAACGCUAUAACUUCAAUAUCAGACCCAAGGCUUCGAUACCAACGGAUAUGUCAGCAUACCAGUAUGCGUCAGAAUGUGUCUUGGCCGCCGAGUCAAGCCGGCUCAACCCAUAUGCUUUACAUCCGGAGGAAUACCACCUCCUCCGUCAUCACAUAUCUUAUACGCAAGUAACAACAUAUCUCAAUAUUAGAAAUGGAAUCAUACGGUUAUGGUUCAAACACCCUUGGAUCGGUGUGACCCGGCUGGAAGCGGUUGGGUGUGCUAACGCUCGCUGGUUCGACGCAGCGAGUGUUUGCUAUGAUUGGCUUGUUCGUAGAGGCUAUAUCAACUACGGAUGUGUGCGACUCUCCGAAGCUGAGACAGAUGAUACUGUUGCACCGGUUGUCAAGAGACAAAAGACCAUCGCUGUCAUAGGUGCUGGUAUCUCCGGACUGGGUUGCGCAAGACAGCUUGAGGGAUUGUUUAGGCAAUUUGCUGAUCGCUUCCAUGAACGAGGCGAGCCUGCGCCUCGAGUGGUUGUGCUUGAAGGGCGAGGCCGUGUUGGAGGAAGAGUAUACUCUCGCGAGUUCCGGACCAAACCAAAAGAAAAAUCUCCAGCUUUUGAAGGCAAGCGACACACUGCGGAGAUGGGCGGCAUGAUCAUUACUGGGUUCGACCGGGGAAACCCUAUCAACAUCCUGCUUCGUGGACAAUUGGGGCUUCCUUAUCAUGCACUGACAGCGGAUACUACAAUCUACGACAGCAGUGGAAGGGCAGUUGACCCUGUGCGCGAUCAGCUCGUUGAAAAACUUUACAAUGACUGUUUAGACCGCGUCAGCGAAUACAAGUAUAAGAAUCAACUUGCAAAGCUGGUCGAAGGUCGACGGGACCUCAUCGAGGAGGGGCGUGAUAGUCCUGGAGACGGCAGCAAGACAAUGUUUCAGGAAGAAGAGGCUGCUGCUGCCCAGCAAGAUGCACCUCUAGUGACACAACAGAACGUCCCAGCAAAGGUCAAUCUGAUACCAGUAUCAUCAGACAAGCUCACAGGUCGGGUCCAUAUGGAGCCUGGCACUCCCGCGACUACUAAAGCCUCCGACAAAGCAAAAUUGAUGGGCUGGACAAUUCGAGACUCAGCCGACGGAGAGAACAUUGAUUUAACAUCGGCAGUGAAUGAAGAGGGGGCAACUCUGGGAUCUGUUCUUGAUAACGCCAUUUCCCAGUACAAACAAAUCAUAGGGCUGAAUGCCCAGGAUCACCGACUGAUCAACUGGCACAUUGCCAAUCUGGAGUACAGUAACGCUACAAGCUUGCACAACCUGAGCCUCCCAUUGUGGGACAUUGAUGCAGGUAAUGAAUGGGAGGGAAGCCAUACCAUGGUCGUGGGCGGUUACCAAAGUGUGGCUCGUGGCUUGGUUCACUGCCCGAGCUCACUUGACCUCAAGACUAAAUUCCCGGUGAAGAGUAUAUCCUACCAUACUGGAGAGGGCAUGGCGUCAGCUGCGAUUGAGUGCGAAGACGGCUCAGUAGUGGAUGCUGAUGCCGUGGUUUGCACUAUUCCGCUCGGUGUUCUGAAACAGAACAAUAUCGUCUUCAACCCACCUCUUCCAUCAUGGAAAACUGAUGUCGUUGAGCGACUUGGAUUCGGCAUUCUGAACAAGGUUGUUCUAGUGUACGAUAAGAUUUUCUGGGACCAUGACAGACAUAUCUUCGGCGUCUUGAGGGAGUCUUCCAACCGAUUGAGUACCUCACAAAAAGACUAUGCCGCAAAUCGUGGUCGCUUUUUCCAAUGGUUCAACGUAUCCAACACGACAGGUCUUCCAUGUCUCAUUGCUUUGAUGGCAGGGGAGGCUGGUUUUGAGACAGAACAUUCAAGUAACGAUAGCCUUGUGGCCGAAGCCACGGAAGUACUACGCAGCGUCUUUGGCCAGGAUGUUCCCUAUCCUGUAGAGGCCAUGGUCACCCGCUGGGGUUCAGAUCGAUUCGCUCGAGGUAGUUAUUCUUCUGCUGCUCCCGGGAUGCAGCCAGAAGACUACGAUGUCAUGGCCAGACCUGUCGGAAACCUCUUCUUUGCUGGUGAACACACCAUUGGUACGCACCCAGCAACGGUUCAUGGGGCGUAUCUGUCCGGUCUAAGGGCAGCUUCUGAAGUUUUGGAGACCUUGAUCGGCCCCAUUGAGGUCCCGACACCACUGAUACUGCCUCGAGACUCUGUGCUGCUGCGCAAGCGUAAGGAGCCUGCCCAAGAUCAGCAACCAGCACGACUUCAGGCCUAUGAAAAUGAGAUUCAGACCUAUAUACAAUCGAAGCUUGGGGGUAGACCCUCUCGUCCGGCUAAAGUUGCAGGGAAUGCGUAUAUACUCUAUAGCAAGGAUCUAUUCGACGUUGCGAGGAAGAAGUGUGAGGAGAAUCGGAAACCAGGCAAAGGUGGGCGUGCUGUCCCCAACGAAGUUCGGAUCAUGACUAGUAAGAUGUGGAGGGACGCUUCGUCUGAGGAACGCAAGCCGUAUGAAGACCAGGCAACCGAGCAAAAGCGCGGGUACGCUGAAGCUGUUCAGGCAUGGACCCGGGCCACCGAACGAUGGGAUCAGGAGGCCGCUGCACUGCGAACAGCUUACGAGAAAGAGAAUCCUUUUGGUACCGCCAAGAUAACAGAGGCUCCUCACGAGAGUUCCAGCAAACAUCGCAGGACGAGGCACAUAAGUUAUGCGGAGGACAGUGACCUUGGGUUCUGA